GCCGGGAUUAUUACGGGAACUAUUGUGCUUAUAUUCCAUUUUUUAUCAGUUUUAUCAGUUAUUACUGACCUGUAAUACGUAAAAGCUUAGUUUGAUAUAGCAGCCAUGUCAGAAAUCGGCUGCUGCGCAAUCUGCCUAGAACCCACAGAGCAUAAAUGCUCGAACUGCCAAGCCGUCCACUACUGUUCCCGGGACCACCAGAAGCAGGACUGGAAGGUGCACAAGCAUCGCUGCACCCCCGCGAGGGUGCGGGAGGACCCCAAGUAUGGGAGGUACUUAGAAGCCACCAAGAAUAUUAAAGCGGGAGAUAUUAUAUUGAGUGAGGCACCCUUGAUCACGGGUCCGGCGCAGGUUACACCACCAGUUUGUCUCGGAUGCUACAAGCUUCUAGAAAAGGAAAAAGUUGUGUCCUGUGAAAAGUGCGGCUGGCCGUUUUGUAGCAAAGAGUGCACUCAAAAAGACGUGCAUGUACCCGAAUGUUAUUUCACACAAAGCAGAGGAGAGAAGGUAACAAUAUCAACAUACGGCACACCCCACCCGAACUACCAAUGCAUCACGGUACUCCGCUGCCUGUACCAGCGGGACCACAACCAGAAGCUCUGGAGCAAGCUUCAGGCGCUGCAGUCUCAUUGUGAGGAGAGACGGGAUACUGACAAGUGGAAUAAUGAUAGGAAGAUGAUAUUGGAGUUCAUUUGGAAGUUCUUUAAACUGGAGACGGUGUUCAGUGAGGAAGAGAUUAUGAAAUGCUGUGGGGUUGUACAGAUAAAUGGCCACGAAGUGCCCCUCCUAGAGCCGGAAUACGUGGCGGUGUUCGACAGAAUUUCCAUGGUAGAGCACAACUGCCGCGCUAAUUGUAACAAGAGCUUCACUUCUAAUGGAGAUAUUAUCCUCUGCGCCGGCUCAAACAUCCCCGCUGGGUCCCACAUCACCGUCUGCUAUACGGACCCACUAUGGGGUACGGAGGCGCGCCGCCACCACCUCGCUGACAGCAAGUUCUUCGAGUGCACGUGUGAAAGGUGCUCUGAUGUCACCGAGUUCGGGACCAUGUAUAGCGCUGUUAAGUGUAAGAAGAAGGAUUGCAGAGGCUACCUGCUACCACAGACAUUCAUCGUUCCGAUCCUACAUAAGACAAUAUCUCCAGACCCAAAAACCCGCGGCUUGGACAACAAGUUCUGGAAGUGUUCCACCUGUGAUGAUGCAGUGUCUGAUGCCAUCAUACAGCAGCUGUUACAGGAUAUUGGCAAGGAGCUGAGCGCUAUGCCGAAGGGAGACCCAGAUGCUUGUGAAAAGUUCAUAAGCCACUGCAGCAGCUAUUUACACGCGUCGCACUACUACAUGACGGACGUGGGGCUGGCGCUGGCGCAGCUCGUGGGGCAGCAGGACGAGACGGGCCUCGCGGGGGUGACGGAAGAUCGGCUGCUGCUGAAGACGCAGCUGUGCCAGAAGAUCACCAAUUUGUUGGAGAUACUGGCACCUGCUGAAACUCGCUUACGAGGUUCGCUGCUGUUCGAGCUGCACGCGGCGGUCGCGGAGACAGGUCGCAGAAAGUCGCUCGAGGACGGGCCCUUGGUCAUGCUGGGUUAUGUUUCGGAAUCGCGCAAGAUCCUGGCGGAAUCAGCAAACCUUCUCCGUCACGAGCCUCCAGAGCUACCCGAAGGUCAGGUAGCCCGGCAGGCCAGGAUCAACCUCAUCCAAAUGGAUGAGCUCAUCAAGAAUCUGUCAAAUGCUUUACCGUCUCCCCUUUAAAUAAUUGUGGAUAGUUGAAUAAAUUAUAUGAAAU